AUGAGCGUGGAUGGUUUGGGAAACUCUAUGAUGGACACCGCGUUUUCCAAACGGAGCACGGCGCUGAGAUUAGUUGACUUGGCAGGGGCUCACCACCACCAUCAUCACCACCAUACCCCUCAGAGCGUGACAGGCAUCCCGGGGUUCAGCAGCCAUCCACAUUCAAUGGCUCACACGCACCCUGGGGAGAUUACUGCAGAACCCCGCCUGGGGCCGAGUCCAUUCGGGCCAGAACACAUGGGGCACUCCGCGGCCCUCAAAAUCAGCCCAGCCCAUCAUUAUCCUCACCACCAUCACCACCACAAUCAUCAUAUGGCAGGCCACAGUGAAGUGGUCGCCAGUCAAACGGGAGCUUUUGGGCCGCUCCAGCCUGCUGCAGUACCAUACUCUAUGUCUCAUACGGCCCAGGCAUUGUCGCCAGGUAGGGAUUUCCUGAUUCGAAGAGAUCUGACAGUUCAAGGCAUGCCAGGGCUGACCGAGCAGACUCCUGCUACAGCUUCUCACCACGGAAUGUUUGUUUCGACAACAGGUAGCUAUCCUGGAUACUAUGGUCAUCAUCCGAACGCUGGAAACCAUACCCUCUUCCCUGGACUCCAUCACGAACAGCCAGCAAGCAGAGCGCCAGGUGGCCAAGAACUGAAUGGACAAAUAAGGUUAGGAAUACCAGGAGAAAUGUAUGUUCGGUCUGAUCACUUGAGUCAAGUGGCCGGCUCUCCUUUACACGGCUACGGCGGCAUGAAUCUUAACAUGAAUCUCAGCGCACACCAUCACGGACCCGGAGCUUUUUUUCGGUACAUGAGGCAACCGAUAAAGCAAGAGCUUAUUUGCAAGUGGCUGGAGCCAGAGCACGCGGUGAAAAAACUUUGCUCUAAAACGUACAGCACUAUGCACGAACUUGUUACACAUGUUACAGUCGAGCAUGUUGGUGGACCUGAGCAAGCAAAUCAUAUCUGCUUUUGGGAAGAGUGUCCGCGAGAAGGAAAACCCUUUAAAGCGAAGUACAAACUUGUAAAUCACAUUAGAGUGCACACCGGUGAAAAACCCUUCCCCUGCCCGUUUCCCGGCUGUGGGAAAGUAUUCGCAAGAUCUGAAAACCUCAAGAUCCACAAAAGGACCCAUACAGGUGAAAAACCUUUCAAAUGUGAGUUUGAUGGAUGUGAUAGGCGUUUCGCUAAUAGCAGCGAUCGGAAAAAGCACUCCCACGUGCACACCAGCGAUAAGCCUUACAACUGCAAAGUGAGGGGCUGUGACAAAUCCUACACUCACCCCAGCUCCCUGAGAAAACACAUGAAGGUGCACUGCAAGUCUCCACCUCCGAGCUCGGGCUACGAAUCUUCAACCACAUCUCUCGUGUCUCCUUCCUCGGACUUGGGUCGAGACCCAACUUCUUCUGGCCACUCCGAGUCCAUGCCCUCCUCGCAAGCUGCCAAUUUAAGUGAGUGGUACGUUUGUCACAGUUCGGGAGCGAGUGGGACUCAGACUCCUCCGAGUAGUUCGUCUUCACCUGACCCCGUGGACGGGCCUUCCAACAGAGAAACUGAGUCAAGGGACGAAUUCUAAGUUGCACGUGAAGCAGUUUUUUGUCAUACCGAGGACUU